UAGUCCAGAGGAACCACCCAAAUGUCGCCGUCCUGGGGGCCGGCGCCGGCGCCGGCUCCGCCGCUGUCGCCGCGGGAGCAUGUGGAGAGGAUCCGGCGGGAGCGCUACUUCAUCGGGCGCGGCGAGCAGAACCCGCUGGCGGAGGACAUGCACCAGGCCGUCAACUACCUCAGCCAGGAGCUCUACUCCAAGGACGUCCACUUCCUCAUGGAGCUCGUGCAGAAUGCAGAAGACAAUGUAUAUCCUUCUGAAGUAGUACCUUCCUUGGAGUUUCUAAUUACAUCCAAGGAUAUUACCGGAUCUGGUGCAUCUUCAACUUUACUCAUCUUCAACAAUGAGAGGGGCUUUUCAUCAACUAAUAUGGAGUCCAUCUGUCGUGUCGGGAAGUCAACAAACAAGGGAAAUAGACACAGCUUUUUAUACCAGUCUAUUCCUUCUUCAUUAAUUGAAAAAAAUGUUUGCUUUUCAUGUUGGCAAAAUUAGUUAGAUACGUCUUUG